AAGGAUUUCUACUACAGCGCUUGACAGUACUUUAAGUGAUUAGUCUUUUAUUGGAGGAUACUCUGAAAUAAAAAAACCGAUGGAAGAACAUUGACUUUUUUUAUUCCAAAAAAAAAUAGAGAGAAGACAAGGCGGUGCGAUGCUCAAAAUCAAAUCCCGACCGUACGUUGAUGAGAUUCGAACGCGGCAUAGAAAGUUCGACAUCGAUACCGCAAGGCAGAGCCGCAGGACAGUCCUCUGCUCUCUGCACCGUAUAUUAAUAUAUUCAAAACAUAGGAGCCGGAGACUCCGCGUCACUUCUUCGGAGCAUUAUCGAGGGACGCAGUGUUUGAGAGCUAACGAGGAGAGAGAGAUGUCGGGUAUUGCUCGUGGACGCCUUGCUGAGGAAAGAAAGGCAUGGCGUAAGAACCAUCCUCAUGGUUUUGUUGCGAAGCCGGAGACGCUGCCAGAUGGUACGGUGAAUUUGAUGAUGUGGCAUUGUACUAUUCCUGGCAAGGCUGGGACGGAUUGGGAAGGUGGUUAUUUUCCUGUGACAUUGCAAUUCAGUGAAGAUUACCCUAGCAAACCACCAAAAUGUAAAUUCCCACAAGGUUUCUUCCACCCUAAUGUCUACCCAUCUGGAACUGUUUGCUUGUCUAUACUUAAUGAGGACAGUGGCUGGAGACCAGCCAUAACUGUAAAGCAAAUUCUUGUGGGAAUCCAAGACUUACUUGACCAGCCAAAUCCUGCUGAUCCUGCCCAGACAGAAGGCUAUCAUCUCUUUAUCCAGGAUGCGGUGGAGUAUAGGCGAAGGGUGCGACAGCAGGCAAAGCAAUACCCACCUCUUGUCUAGCUGAUAACUGGUCACGGUUGAAGAAUUAUUUGCGCUAUGGUAGAUACUGGUUGCUGUCUCUUGUUCUAAGUUAAAACUGUUACGUGAUUGCUGGCUGCCAUAAUAUGCAGACCCUAUGGUUUUUAACUGAUUGUGCUUACUCAGGUCUGGAUAUAAUAUUGAUACACAACAAUGUUAAAGUCAACCAAUGAUGCUUGUUGAUAAUUUCGUCAGCAGAAACCUGCUGAGCCUCAUGUUUGUUGCUACAUUGCUAUGACAAUAGAUACUUUACUGUGAAGAGUAAUAUGACUGCUCUCUCUCUCUCUCUCUGUGUGGAACUGGAACUGGAGGUAUUCCUCUAUAUUCGUAUGCAUGAAACAGUAAGCCAGUUGGAUUUAAGUCGCAUAGGCAUGAUUCCAUCAUAGCAUGGUGCUUAAUGCUUAUGUUUACUUUCUUGACCUCUGCAAGAAAACUUUUAUCGUGCCUCCAUUUCCUUCCACAGGCACCUCGCUUCGUUAACGUUGGAAGCUCUGCCUCGGGAAAGAGUUCCCGCCUUAAGUCAUGGCGAUGCCAUUUUUAUAAGCUGGUUUCUUUUUUUUGGUUUUCCAAUCUGCGUGUUCCACCUGAAUGAGAACAUGUAAUGAUAAUAGUGACAUUGUUUUCGUAAAAAUCUUAUCAAAGUGGUUAGGUUCUAGUUA